GAGUACAUAUACCCUACCCGCAUCAACAGAUAUACUACGGCGCGACGAUGUCGAAACCCCACCUCCCUAACGAAGAGUUCUUCACUCUCCUAGAAUCCCUCUUUGUAAAACAAUCCCACUCUGCUCGCGGCUCGAUAUUCCUUACGCAAAAGUGCUUCCCAUCCGAAACCUCAAGCAAAGGCGAAUCACAAACUGCAGAGUCAAGCGCACCGUCUUCGAGCGCACCGUUGAUCUUGAUCCGAGCGUCAAAUGGAAAACACAAGGACUCGAAGAUAAAGGCUUCAACCGUUGUGAAGCCAGAGGAGUUAGGGGCGUUUUAUCGCCGAUAUGCGGAGAUAUGUAAGGCUGGGAUGGUUGGGUUGAAAAAGAGGGAUCGCAGCGCGAAAAAGAAAAGCAAGGCAAAGGGGAAGAAAUAG